UCAACCUCAUCUCAAGUACUUCAACUUAAGCUCUCUUGUAUUUACCAAACUAAGCAUAUUUCACUCAAAAAUCACAAAAAACUUGCACAUUUUUUCAACCUAUUCUCCCUAUUAAACAAAAAAUGGCACCACCAAACCUCGAAACCGCGAUCACAGAGCCAACUAUGGCACCACUAGGGAAGCACAUGAGCCGGGCCUAUGUGACUUUCUUGGCCGGUAACGGAGAUUACGUCAAGGGAGUUAUUGGGCUAGCUAAGGGCCUAAGAAAGGCUCGAUCAGCUUACCCUUUGAUGGUAGCGGUGUUACCCGACGUGCCGGAGGAGCACCGUAAAAUGUUGGUCUCUCAAGGGUGUAUUGUUCGAGAGAUUGAACCCGUUUACCCGCCCGAAAAUCAGACCCAAUUUGCUAUGGCUUAUUAUGUCAUCAAUUACUCCAAGCUUCGCAUUUGGGAGUUUGUGGAGUACACAAAGAUGAUUUAUUUAGAUGGAGAUAUACAAGUGUACGAUAAUAUAGACCAUUUGUUCGAUCUUCCUAACGGCUAUUUCUAUGCUGUAAUGGACUGUUUUUGUGAGAAAACAUGGAGUCAUACUCCACAAUACAAGAUUGGGUACUGUCAACAAAGCCCAAAUAAAGUCCGUUGGCCCGAAGAAGAGUUAGGCCCAAAGCCUGCUCUUUACUUCAACGCUGGCAUGUUUGUGUAUGAGCCUAGUAUCUCUACUUAUCAUGAUCUUCUCAAGACUCUCCAAAUCACCCCUCCUACUCCUUUUGCUGAACAGGAUUUCUUGAACAUGUACUUCAAGGACAUAUACAGGCCCAUCCCACCAAUUUACAACCUAGUGUUGGCCAUGUUAUGGCGCCAUCCAGAGAACAUCAACUUAGAAGAAGUCAAAGUCGUUCACUAUUGUGCAAAUGGUUCGAAACCUUGGAGGUAUACAGGCAAAGAAGAGAACAUGGAUAGAGAAGACAUAAAAAUGCUGGAGAAAAUGUGGUUUGACAUAUACAAUGAUGAAUCGCUUGAUUACAAAUCGGAAGUUGAGGCUCGGAAGACAUUGCAACCUUUCAGGGUGGCACUCAUGGAGGCUGGUGUUCUUCAUUAUGUUACCGCCCCGUCUGCUGCUUAGUGUUCAUGAUGAUCUAGUGCAUAUAUAGUGAGCACAAUUUUUUUUUUUUCCUUUUCGGAAAUAGAAGAAUAUGUACGUGAGAAUUUGGUUUGUCUAUCUGUUAUUGAUGAUUAUAUAUGUUUGUUAAGAAAAAAAAAUCCUCCCUUGAAUCUGGAAGUUAGGGAGGGAUAUGUAUAGACUUUAGCUAAGACUAUUGUAAUUUUGUAAAGGUUUAUACUACCUCUGUUACAGGUUAUGCGUAACGAUUAGACAUUUUACCUCUCUGCUUUAUGUCAAGUCGUUGCACAUAACCUGUAACGGAGGUAGUAUAUAUUUCUUUUAUUUAUAAGCUUUGGUGUUGUACAUAGUAUCUAUAUAUUCAAAAGAAAAAAAAAAUUGAAGUUUUGAAGUUUUUUUA